GUUAAGCGCGGUUUGGCAUUCGGUAGAGACCUCUGUUUAAUCGCAUCUUCGUUUGGGAGUUGGCUGAUAGUGCGCCAUGUCCAAGUACACAAAGCUGGCCCGCGGAAUAUGCGAUCUACUGCUAUGGGCAGCCCUCACAGCGGCCAGCUUGCUGCUCUACAAACUGGUGCGACCCUUCAGGCGCGGAUUCUUUUGCGGCGAUGAGUCACUGGGCUAUCCACUGAGGGAGAGCACAAUCGGAAGUGCGUUGCUCAUCGGAGUGACGCUGGCGGUUCCCACGUCCGUGAUCAUUGUUGUCGAGCUGUUUAAACAGUUGCCCGCUAGUGCUGGCGGCCGGGAUUUGGCGGCACGGGACAAGCGGGACGGCUGCCGUUUGGUGCAUCGGCUGGCGCAGCUGUACAAGCAGGCCGGAUACUAUCUGUUUGGGCUGGCCAUGCUAACGUUCACCACGAUACUGACCAAGCUGUGCAUUGGACGUCUGCGUCCGCAUUUCUAUGCUGUAUGUCAGCCGAUGCUGCCAGAUGGCUCCACCUGCCAGGAUGCACAAAACGAGGGACGCUAUAUAGAUACCUACACCUGCAGCAAUGCCAAUGUGACGGACUUUCUGUUCCAGCAGCUAAACCAGUCCUUUCCCAGUGGGCAUGCCAGCAUGAUGAUGUACUCGAUGCUCUACCUGGCCAUCUACCUGCAGGCGGCACUCAGCACGCGCAUCUCAAAGCUGCUGAAGCAUCUGCUGCAGUUUCUGUUCGUCAUGUUCGGCUGGUACGUGUCCCUGACCAGGAUAACCGACUACUGGCAUCAUUGGUCCGACGUCUUGGCCGGCGUGCUGUUCGGCGUGCUCUUCGCUUGGCUAACCAGCGUCUAUGUGGCUGAUCUGUUUGCCUUCAGGCGCUGGAAUCGCACUGGCUACUCGGCCAAUACGCUGAAGAAGGCCCAGGUCUCCCCGAAGAGCUCUACCAAAUCUCAAUCCAAUGCCGCAGCGGUGUCAGUUGCUGGCAACGGUGUUCCACCCGCACUGCCCGCCUACACCUUUGGCACGCUGCCCUAUCUGGCGGCGCAUCCGGCUCAAGCGCAGUAUGCCCAAACUUAUCACAACUAUGGCUACGUUCCCUGAGCCGACUAUGUAGUGCAUGAGGCAGGUGCUUCUGGAGCCUCACAGACGUAAUCCCUGUUUUGUUUUUGUAGUUUAGCGUAA